AUGGAGAACAUUAUGACCGGACUGACCAAACUAGUCGAGGAAGCCACAGCCGACUCAGAAGAACCUAGAACUAAAAGGAUGGACUCGACGCUUGAAAACUCCCAAGAUCAUCUGCGUGUGCCAAAGCUACCAGAAGAUAUAGCGACAUUGGUUCGGAGGCUCCUGGAAUUCAGCAACGAUGAAGACAACAUAUAUUCCAUCAUAUGGGACUUUGGAGGACAGUCUGUUUACUAUGAUACCCAUCCAAUUUUUCUGACAAAAAACGCCAUCUAUAUUUUGACGUGUGAUCUGAGUCAUGAUCCAAAUCAGAAAGCCAACGCCCCUACGAAGAAAGGCAUGUCUGGGAAAAGAGAAGACACUUGUUGUAGCAAAACAAAUCUCGAUUGUCUUAAUUUUUGGAUGUCAUCAGUCUAUUCUUUGGUUUGUCCAAAUACAAUUCGUCAGGAAACACUGUCACCUGAAAUGUUACCUCCGGUGUUCUUGGUGUGUACGCAUGCUGACAAGCCCUACCGCAUUGAUAAAAUCCCUGGAGAUCUCGCCAGCGAAAUCUACGGCUCUCUAAAAGAAAAAGUUUAUGGAAAACUUCUGAAAGGCCUUUUUGUUGUAGACAACACCAAGUCAGGAAGUGGUGAUGAGUGUCGAGGAGUAAUAAAACUACGGGAAAAAGUACUUUCUUUUGACAAAGAGCUUCCACAAAUGAAAGAGGCAAUUCCACUAAAGUGGUUAAAGUACGAAAAGGUAUUGCAUCUUUUGAGCGAGCGUUGCGAGUGGAUACCCAUUGAGGAAGCAAGACAGAUUGCUAAAAAAGAAUAUGGAAUUGACGACGAUGAGCAAUUUCGAACACUUUUAAACUUUUUACACGAUCAGAGAGUUUUUAUUCAUUUUAGUGAAUCACCAGAAUUAGAAAACAUGGUCAUUUUGCGCCCACCGUGGCUCAUAGACGUAUUCAAGGAGGUUAUCACCGUUAAAAGUUGGCAGGACGUGGAUGUAAACUUUCAGCAACUAUGGUGUAAUUUGGAGAAAAAUGGAAUCUUGGAUGAAAAGCUUUUAGAUCAUGCAUGGAGGCAUUUGCUUGAUAAGCAAGAACUAACCUACAGGAGCAGCCUCAUUGCAAUAAUGGAGAGAUUUAAUCUGCUUUGUCCAUGGCCAUCAGACGGAACCACUAAGCAGUACCUUGUACCAUCCAUGUUAAUGUCUCCCCCAACAGAGGAUGUCCUUAACCAUCUUGAUUGUGUACGGAUUCCUUCACUUUUUGUGGUGUUCAAUUCAGGGAGAGUGCCCCCAGGCUUGUUCUCGCGACUUCUCCUGCUGUUUCAUCGGUUUUGUCAAGAGGAAUGGAAGAGCGAGAUCAAUCCUGAAUUGUUCAAUAAUUUUGCUAUGUUUCACAUUAUUCCUGAUCGUGCAAUUUCCAUUGUCAUCAUAUUGUAUUCUUCGUCUAUCGAAAUCGUUUUUCACGAUGGUAGUGAUUCUCGUGAUCUGAAUACAAGCCGAGCCAUCUACUCGCAGCUGAAAUGUCUUCUUGAAGACAUUCGCAAGGAAUCAUUCUGGUUAAAAGACAUGAAGUAGGAAAUGUGCAUCUGCUGCCCUGUGUGUUCUCAAAAAGAUAGCAGAUGUUGUGCUCAUGAUGUGCGUGGUUGCGAGUGCUUGCACUUGUUGUCAGAGUUAAAGUUACGUGAUCGUCCGUAUUGCAACAAGCCUGGCAUUCGUGGAGAUCCAACAAUUAAUAUUAACACAUUUGAACACUGGUUUACAUUGUCAGAAGCUCAAGGAAGCAGUACUCCACUCAGUCAGGUUGGUUCCUGAAAAAUUAGUUUCGUGAUACACGCUUAGGUUAUUUCACUUGCAUAAAAUUACCAUAUGAUUACUUUUUUUUUCGGACUAACCUAAGAGUAUAAUUGCGGCAAAGAAUGUGCAUUGUAGCUUACUUACUUUGUCAAAACAAAAUACUGACUUGGUGCACAUAAGAUCUUAGACGUAGGUGAUGGUGAUUAUUAUCAUUAUUAUUAUUAUUGAUUAUGGCGAUAACAAUAGUAAUGUAAAAAUGGUGAGGAUAGAAAAUUUGCAGUGCGCAGUUUGCGUAGAUCGAUUUAUUGCACUGGUAGGAAUAAUCAUGAUUUUUUUUUAUACAUUACCUAGCUGCUUGAAAUAUUGUCUGUAGCAGAUUGCGUAGCCUGUGAGAGCAGACACCUUUUUUGGCUCUAAUAAAUGUAUUUUAUGUGUUGGUUAAUUAUUAACAAACUCCAUUCAGAUUACACCUGAUAGAGGUUCCACUGUAUCUGAAAACGAUUGACACAAUUAAGGAGAAACAUCGAAGAUCACUGUUUGGAAUUUGAUACAGGACGGCUUGGCUGGAGGUGCAUUACCGAAGCCAUAAUUUAGAGUGCUUAUGAUUUAAAGUAAUUUCCUGUAUCUGUAUCUUUACAGCAGCAAGAUGUGACUCAACGUGACAACAACGGAGAACACCACAUAACUCCAAAGGAAGGUAAGCCCAUUUAUUGUUGUUGCUUCUGUUGUUGUUGCGAUCAUAAUACACAGUGUACAUGUGUCGACGAAAACAAGCCGAUGUAGUGUUGAAGGAAAAAUGCGGAUAGUUCGAAAUUAAUUAACUUGAAGAAAAACCGCAUACUAGUAUUCGAGUAGUUUUUUCCCGCGGGAUUUACAGUGUAGCUCUGAUGCCAAAUGAUUUUAAGGUUUGGAGCCAUCUUGGACUGGCUGGCUGGCACAUUUAGCCUCGAUCUCAUUUUUUACUUUUUCUCGACCGGGAACUGAUGUCUACUUUGUGCCUCGCUCUUUGACUACAGGUGAAAUAUUGGCGAGUUUUUGUUCACUAAGGGUUGGUUUAUUAUUUUUUACUCUCAGUUAUUGAUGUUCCAUUUAUUUCAGUUCCCUUCAUAGAAAAUGCUCUUCUAAGAUAAUCAGAUAUCCUGGUAUUAUGUCAACAACGUGUUCGGCACGCUGUAUUUUAGAUAAGCCACAUCAGCGUUAAGGCUGAGGGUUAAUAUUAACCUCUGCAAUCUGUUUUGUAUUAUUUUGUUUUUAAUUUAUGUUGCAAGCAGAUCACAGGUUUCUCGUCAUUCAUUUUCUGUAUGGCGUUUUGAUUGUAGUUUGUGAAUCAAAAAUCAGAAGAAUGUGGAAACGUUACUUCCCCUCCUCCUUUGCCUUAUCACCCCUCCCUGUCGAACGCACUCCCCUAAUUUGCAAUUAUUUAUUUAUUUAUUUAUUUGCUUGUUUAUUUACGUACAAGACUUUUACAAAGCAAAAACAAAAACAAUGGCGAGAGUUUAAGUGUGCCUUGACUAAAUCUUACGACGUUAACUCUUUCAAUCUGCCCCAAGUGCUGCGCUGCACGUAAUGUUGUGACAAUGAUCUUAGCGAAAGUUGCGACUGUUUAACGCCCCUUUCGACAUUGUUGCAAGAUCUUGGGAAGAGUUUAAACCUGUUUGAAUUUCGUCAUAACCGGAGAUCACACACAGGCCGAAUUUUGGCAGCUCUUUUGUGGGCCUUGGCAUUUUUUUUUUACCGAGCAAAACGAAAAUCGAGUCUGAACUCAACUUAACUUUGUCACAAAGUCGCCGUAACACUUUUUUUGUCUCCAAAUGUUGAACCCGCUAGAUGUAAAGCAUCUUUCGUAACUAUUGUUUAACUCGUCCAUGGGUAAUGUACCUAAUAAGCAUGUUUUUCAAUGAACGCGACCAUUUAUUCGUAACCGUGACGGCUGUGAGAUAAUUUUGACGGCUAUGUUUAGUAACAACAUUGUCAUUAAUCAUUCUAACAAUACUCAUUGUUUUGUGUUUUUGUUUUUGUUUGUUUUGUUUUGUUUUUUGCAGAAACUGCAUCGGAAAGAUCUGCCUCUGAUCCACCAGAAGUCAUCAUUAAUCAGCUAAAGAAUCGGGAUCUUCCCGAAAGAGCGACACAUCUUGAUGUCGGUCGCCUACCAGUCGACAUUUUGUUACUGACAGUCGAGGACCGUGAAUUUCUAAGCUGUCUGUCCUAUCUGAAUGCUGGUUUUUGUAGAAAUUUUCACAGAGAUCUUGGUUACGUCUACCUCGGAGAUAUGGGAAAAGAUGAAAGGAAGCUAAACGUGGCUGUAAUGAAUUGCUACAGGGGCUCUGCCUCUCCGGGAGGAUCCAUGAUUGUUGUAUUAAACGCUGUCAAAGUCUUGAGGCCCAUAGCAGUGUUCUGUGUGGGUUGCUGUAGGAGCUUAGACUGUAAUAAAGUUAAACUUGGAGACGUAGUAAUCUUAGAGAAGUUAAUAACAUAUGGCCCGUGCAAAAUCACAGAGGAUGGCAUUGAAGAACGCGGAGUUAAAGUUCCAUUGAAGUCCGGUCUUUUGAGGGUGAUGUUAAGGGCUUGUGACGGCUGGCAGCCACCUUUGAAAGAUUUAGACGCACGCGAAGUUGAAAUACAUCGUGGCGCGUUUCUGAGUGGACCUGAGGAAGUUAUUGAUAGAAAACGAUGUGAAACACUCCUCGAAAGAUUUUCAGAAGUGGUCGCUAUAGAAAGAGAAGGUGAAGGUAAGCUGUCUUGGCCAGUUCAUAUUUUAACAGAGUGUUCAUGAACUCGGUUAGUAAAAUAUAAACGGUUGUCCACGUCCCUGGAAUUAAUUCCUUGUUAGAGAACUUUGAUUAAGGGGACCCCUUCACGAAUCAGAUCAAAUCACAAUCUUCAAGAAUCCUAACUGUAAAUUUUUCAUUUUAGUCACCAAUAUUUUGUUGUCUGUGUUAUUGCAAUUUGCGUAUUGAUGCCUUCUAAUCAAGUGAAGUUGUCUUAAUUUUGAACCUAAUAAACCUGACUUUUUCCGCGGCUAUCUGCAUACGUGAGUUCAAAACUUCACUUCUCUUCAUUUACUACAAUUCUUCGCUUUCAGGUGUGCAUACAGCAGCGCAUGACCUGGACAUUGAGUGGACUGUUAUUAAAGGAAUUUUAGGCUACGCGGAUGGCAGAAAUGAGUCCAAUUCCUGGAGACCGUUCGCAAGUUUAAUGGCAGCUUCCCUUACGGCUCAUAUUCUCAGUGAUGCAAUUCCCUUUCAAGACAUGCGACACUACAGAAAUGAGAGUAAGUAUUGGGCAUACAUACAUAUCUCCCAUAACCUCUCUCAUAGUCCCAGUAGUGCACCUGUUAUUAAAAGCAUUAGUUCCAAGCAGUCUGAAUCUUGAUUUUGCUGCCGGAGUUGGCGUGGCUAAUCAAACUGUUUUGUUUUAAUAAUUCAAAAUUGUAAUGUAUUCGAUACAUUAAAUAUACACAGUGUUAGAGUUAUUAAAGGUAAAAUCACUUCUCUUUAUUCAAGUGUUGUUUGGAUAGCUUUUCCAAUUCAUGCCAUUUCAUUUUUAUUUCUAGCUGAAGCGAGAGGUAAAAAGCACACAUCAUGCAAUGAGACGCGUAAGAAAGUGGGUAAUUCAGGUAGGAAGAGAAUGCUUUUUGCUGAGUAUAUUUUUUCGUUUAUUUACAAACUUCACCAAAAGGCUUGGAAUUCCUCUACGAGGUCCCAAAAAACAAUAGACAACAACAAAAUCAAAAAAAAAAAAAAGAAGAUCGUCCCGGGGUUAAUUGCAAAACAAUUGUGUUUAAGUACGCAUUUUUUAUCGGAAAGUUAACUGAAUCUAGUUCGUUUCUUGGAGGCAAAGUUUUGGAUAGUUUUGCUUUAUUUUCAUCAAAAAUGAGCCAUAAAAAAGGAAAAGGCCCGAGUAGUUUAAAGCAGCAGUCUCUUAAUAGGAACAAUCAAAUUAAAGAAGUUUUUUUAGGCAAGCUUCGGAGAUGGCUAUUUUGUUUAAAUGUGGGUGAGACAAACUUAUUGAUUCUAUAACAGUUCUGGGUGUUAAGGGCAAGGAAAAUCCCCAUGACAUAAACUGCAAGUGAAUCGACCUUUGUUAGGAAGAUGCUGCAGUUGGGGAGAAUAAUAUCCGAUGUGCAGUUUCUAUAUUUUCACGAAAGUGUUUCUUUGUUUUCUGGUCAAAAGAUGGGAGAAGGAAAAAGCAAAGGAAAGGAAAGUAAGCCGAAACCAGCAAGGCGGACAACAAAUGUUCCCUGCUCUGUCAGUAGCUCAAGGUCAGAAUCAGAACACGACGUUUUUUCAUAUAUAUACUCCUCUUAUGCAACAGAAAGUGGGCGUGUUUGGUACUUGUUUGGUAUCAGUUUAUUGGAAGCACACUUGACAAUUUUUCUAUGAAUUUAUAUCUGUCUGAAAUUUUGAAAAUGUUUCCUUAUCGUUAACAAACACCCAGGAAAAGUAAUGAGGUAGAAAGAGAAGAAAAAAAGUGAUCUUCCUUUUAACAGCAGAACUUUUCCACUUUGCAGGUGUGUAGUUCUCCUUGGAUGCCCACCGCACAACCAUGAUGGCCACGUUGCAGCAAAAAGACAAUUGUCUGCCACGUCAUCGUGA